AUGGCGUGGCCGGUUGGUCGUCACUCGCAGGUGUGGAAGAGGCAAAGCCGGUGGAAGGAGAGGCGGUGGCAGAGGUCUCUAAGACCAGAUCAGUGGCACAAAAAUUACCCGAUUGCCAAAGGACGCCAUCAGUCUCCUAUUGAAAUCAAUAACAAAGAAGUGCAUUACGAUCGCUCCCUACUACCAUGGUUUGCUAGUUAUGAUCCUGGUGCAGCUAAGACCAUCCUCAAUAAUGGGAAAACUUGCAGAGUUGUAUUUGAUGAUUCUUUCGAUAGAUCAGUGCUGAGAGGUGGGCCACUUCCAGGAGUCUAUAGGCUGCGUCAGCUUCACUUUCAUUGGGGUUCGUCUGACGACCAUGGCUCUGAGCAUGUUGUGAAUGGAGUGAGAUAUGCAGGAGAGCUACAUUUGUUACACUGGAAUCCCAAAUACAGUAAUUAUCUCGAUGCUGUGAGAAGAACUGAUGGAAUAGCUGUUUUGGCCAUAUUUUUGCAAGUAGGGAAAACGCCCAAACCAGAGAUGAAGAGAAUUCUGGAAGAAAUAAAUGCUAUCAAAACAAAGGGGAAAGAAGCUCCUUUUCCAAACUUUGAUCCUUCAGUUCUUUUCCCUAAAUCUCAUGACUACUGGACAUACCAUGGGUCUUUCACCACUCCACCUUGCGAGGAGUGCAUCACCUGGAUUGUUCUUAGAGAGCCUAUCAUAGUCAGCUCAGACCAGCCCCUGGUUGAUAACUGGCGCCCGACUCAGCCUCGGUAUUUCAGGAUGGUGAGCGCAUCAUUCCUCUAG